GUCCAACAAGCAAUUAGUAUGCUGAAUCCGUUACACCAAUCGCAUACACUGUGGCUGAGUUAAGGUGCGUCCGUGUACAUGAACAGAGACACUACCGCUGCAGCUGCUGCUAUCACUGGAAAGUUGUCCGUCCAGCACCAUGGGAAAGAAGAGUCGAGUAAAGACUCAGAAGUCAGGCUCAGGGGCCAGCGCUGUGGUUACUCCUAAAGAGAUGUUGAACCUCAUUUCUGAACUGCUUCAGAAAUGCAGCAGUGCAGCUCCCUCUGCUGGUAAGGAGUGGGAGGAGUACAUCCAGAUCAGAGGCUUGGUUGAGAAGAUUCGAAAGAAACAGAAGGGUUUGUCAGUGGUGUUCGAGAGCAGCAGAGAGGACUACUUUUCAGACCUGAUGUCCUGGGCUACAGAAAAUGGUGCCUCAUGUGACGGCUUCACUGUAACCAACUUUGGCACUGAAGGCUACGGACUGCGGGCCACCCGUGACAUCAAGGCAGAGGAACUCUUCCUGUGGAUUCCCAGGAAGAUGCUGAUGACAGUGGAGUCAGCCCAGAACUCUGUACUUGGUCCCCUAUACAGCCAGGACAGAAUCCUCCAGGCCAUGGGCAACGUAACACUGGCUCUCCACCUACUUUGUGAGCGGGCCAACGUGUCGUCACCAUGGCUGCCGUACAUCCGCAGUCUUCCUCAGGAAUAUGACACGCCACUGUAUUACCAGCAGGAGGAGGUGGAGCUGCUGCUGGCCACGCAGGCAGUGCAGGAUGUUCUGAGCCAGUAUAAAAACACGGCACGCCAAUAUGCUUACUUCUACAAACUGGUACAGACUCAUCCUGCAGCCAGCAAUCUGCCCCUGAAGGACACCUUCACUUUUGAUGACUACAGGUGGGCAGUGUCUUCAGUGAUGACCCGUCAGAACCAGAUUCCCACUGAGGAUGGCAGUCGGGUCACUCUAGCCCUCAUCCCCCUCUGGGACAUGUGUAACCACACCAACGGAUUGAUCACCACUGGCUACAACCUGGAGGACGACCGCUGUGAAUGUGUGGCACUGCAGGACUACAAGGAGAACGAACAGAUCUACAUCUUCUACGGCACGAGAUCCAAUGCAGAAUUUGUCAUCCACAACGGCUUUUUCUUCGAGGAUAAUGCUCAUGACCGGGUGAAGAUCAAGCUGGGCGUCAGCAAAAGUGAGCGCCUGUACGCCAUGAAGGCCGAAGUGUUGGCCCGAGCCGGGAUCCCAGCGUCGUGUGUCUUUGCUUUGCACUGUAAUGAACCUCCAAUUUCAGCCCAGCUCCUGGCCUUCCUCAGAGUCUUCUGCAUGACUGAGGAGGAACUGAAGGAUUACCUGCUUGGAGAGCGGGCCAUGAAUAAGAUCUUCACCCUGGGCAACAGUGAGUUUCCUGUCAGCUGGGAGAACGAGAUCAAGUUGUGGACUUUCUUGGAGAUGAGAGCUGCCCUGCUGCUCAAGACCUACAAGACUACAUCAGAGGAGGACCGCGCCAUGUUGGAGAAACCCGAUCUAUCCUUGCAUUCUCGUGUGGCCAUCCAGCUCCGCCUGGCUGAGAAGCACAUCCUGGAGAAGGUGUCGUCUAGUGGACAGGCCAAACGUCAGCACUUCCAGCAGAAACUGGAGGAGGGUGCCCUGCUGCCUCACUAUGAGGAGAGCGACAUCGCUCUGCUGGAGAAUACGGAGGCAGACACAAAGCUUCCUAUUAUUCUGCGUAAGCUGGAAGAGGUGGAAGAAGGCCAGGAGAUCCAAGCGGAGGAGCACAAUCACCUUCUUAACGGAGAGAAGUUGGUGUACAGGAUGGAGGCUGAUGUAGAGCCAGUGCAGGAGGUUCAGUCAGCUUUGGACUCGACUGGAAGUUCAAAGAAGAACGGCCAAAGAGAAGUGGCCAAGCGAACUGAAGAGAAUCUCAAAGAGAAGAGCGAUUAAAUAUAUUCAACUCCACAGCCCAUGCUAUUUAUUUAUUUUUGUGUCUCUAAAAUGACUCAGAAACGUAGAUGCUGAAACAAAACAAAAAAAAGACGAUAGAAAGUGGGCUGAACUGUGGUCAUCCAGCGUUUAUUUUGUUUGUUUAAUUACUGCAGUUAGUCUCCACAUGUGUGCAGUAUGUUUUGAAUCGACAAUCAUAUUGUAUAGAGCUUUUUUGUUGCAGACCAUCACUGGCCUGUUUCCUUCCUGCUUAAUAUAAUUUCAAGCUGAAGAA